UGAUUAAACUUACAAAAGUAUAUACCAAAUGUAAUAUUGCACGGUCUUGCCAAACAAAUCAUUCUUUUUGCUAUUAAUAUUCAUGCGAACGUGAUAUGCUCAGAUCUGAUUAUUUUUUAAUACACGACAGCCUAAGAAAAGUGCCUACUUGUGUGAGAUGCCACUCUGCAAUUGAAAAAGAUGCGCGUCAACUGCCCAAGUGUGGACACCCCGUCUGUGGUCCCCAAUCUGGAAAUAUGUGUGCCUCAGAGAUUUUCGCCUCAACCUUGCGCACAUGUCCGAGAUGCCAAGACAACCGAAUCGACGACUCUGUCAUUGUGACCGAUUUAGUUGAAGCCAAACUUAGCCACAACCAGGUCUAUGGCUUGUCUGCGUCUGACUGUCAGGACCCUGUCAACCUACCCGUGUAUAGUCUUCAUGACGAAUCAAAGCAGAAUCGAGAAACCAACUUGGCGUCAUUAGUGGCCAACUGUGAACAUGUGGACCAGAUUCGGCUGAAAGAUACCUUUGUAGAUUCUAACCUACUGGUGGCAAAAGUAGGCCAAGUCUCCCAUUUCAUCCAGCUUCUAUCCUUACUUUCCCAAGUGGGCAGAAAGAGAUACUUGGAGACAAAGUUCGAAAAGAUACAAAUCGACGGCCGAGUUGAGGCUCACAUCUCACUUCAAAUCUCGUCACACUUUCAAAACCAACAAAGUGAGGAUGGAGGAGAAAACGAACAGACUAAGUUCAUGUCCGUUUGGAUCAAAAUGCGUUCGGACAGAGUGAACAAAUACUUGGUCACGAUCUUCAUCAGGACACCAGCGGGGAGAGAGAACUACAUGAAGGCAGUUCAGAUUGAAGUAGAGCGGGUGGACUGUGAAGCGAUUGGGGGAAUACGAGAGUUCAUUAGCUUAGAAGAGCUUCAAUCCAUUGUUACGAAUGGUAGUGUUUUGUUUGGAGUCAAAGUCGAUAUUAUAUAGCUACUGAAAAGUGCAAAAAAAAACAUAAAAGCAAAUUAAGAUCAUAAAAUAGUGUUUCCAGUAUUGAUUUGAAAAAUA